ACCCUCCUCCCAAAACCUGCAGUUGCCAAUUAUAUAACCUCAAUCUCUGUAAAAUACACAAUUUUAUGUCGACCUGUUAAAUAAACAUUCAUCUGUUUAACAUUCUUUGGAAAGGAUUAUAACUUGCAGACUUAUAAUAGAGUGCCAUCCUUUGAAGAUCUAUAUUCUGUAAAGAAAGUUGGUUCAUUGCAGCAGUUCUCCAGUAUUAUAAUAACAUUGUUGGUAAAGGAUUUUAACUCGCAGACUUAAAAUUAGUGCAAAUUUGGUUCACAGCAGCAGUUCUCCAGUAUUAAAUUUAGCAAUAUGACAAGAGGAAAGGGGAAUAAAGGAAGAGGAAGUACCAAGCAGGGUCGACAAGCACCAACAAAAGUAAAUGGAAGUGAUGAUAGAGGUGAUGAGGUGAAAAAUUUGAAGAGCCUGAAUCAAAGUUUACUUGUUACAAUCACCAAUGAAAGAAAACAAAUAGACGAGUUGAAAUAUACGUUGCAAAUGAACAAAAGUCAGUGGGAUUCUUGUGAGAAAGCCAUGAAAAACACAAUUGAAGAGCUAAAGAAUGAGCUUACUCAAACAAGAGCAUUGAGUGAAAACCAUGAGAAAUCAUGUACUCAAUUUGUUAGAGAAAAUUUUGAGUUGGAAAGUAAUUUGAAAGAAUGCUAUGACAAGAUUAAAGAAUUACAAUCUCUGAAAAAUGAGCUUGAUCAAACGAGAAUAUUGAGUGAGAGUAAUGAAAAAUUAUGUACUCAGUUGGCACAAGAGAGAGAUGAGUUGGAAAAUAAGGUAAAAGAAUGCAAAGAUGAGAUUCAGGAAUUACAAUCAGUGAAAAAUGAGCUCAACCAAACAAGAAUGUUGUUUGAGAGUCGUGAAAAUUUAUGCUCUCAAUUAGGACAGGAAAAAAUUAAGUUGGAAAAUAAGGUGAAGGAAUGCAAUGAUAUGAUUAAUGAACUACAAGGAAAGAUGAAUGAAGACAGAUGCUUAUGGGAUGCUUCUAAGGCAGAUACGCAAACAGAAAUUGCAAAGCUACAAACUGUGCUUGAUUCUGUAGUUAAUGAAAAAAAUUUGUUGAACCAGACACAUGAGGAAUUGUGUGCCAAACACAGAAAUGAUAAAAAUGAGUUGAUAAAAUGCAAUGAAGGGGCUAAGAAAUUGGAGGCAAAAAUGGUCGAAUAUCAGAAAUUGUGGGAUUUUAGAAGGGUGAAUUUAGAAGGAAAAAUUACAGAGCAACAAAUUGAGAUUGAUGAAGUUAGAAAGUUGAGCAAGAAACGUGAAGAAUUGUGCACAGAGUUAAUGCAGGAAAAAAUUAAAAUGGGAAAAGAUCUGGAAAAAAUAAAAGAUGGUUCUAAGAAAUUGAAUGCAAAGAUGACUCAAGAUAAGAAGCUGUGGGAUUCUUGUAAGACGAAGUUGGAAGGCAGGGUUGCAGGGCUGCAAAAUGAGCUUAAUGAAAAAAAAAUAUUGAGCCAAGGACAUGAAGAACUGUGCACAAAGCUAAGACAAGAAAAAAAUGAUUUGGAAAACAAGUUGGAAGAGUUUAAUGAUCGAGUUGCAGAGUUGCAAAAUGAGCUUAAUGAAACAAGAAAUUUAUGCCAGAAAAAUGAAAAUUUGAGCACAGAAUUGAGACAAGAAAAUAUUGAGCUGGGGAAAAAGUUAAAAGAGUCCAAUGAUGAGUCUAAAGAAUUGAAGGCAAAACUUACUGAAGAUGGUUGCUUGUGGAAUUUGUGUAAGGCAGAGUUAGAAGGCGCAAUUGUUGAGUUGGAAGGCACAAUUGCAGGGCUGCAAAAUGAGCUCAAUGAAACUAAAGAAUCAAUUAAUGAGACUAAAAAAUUGAAGGAAAAAAUGACUGAAGAUGGGUGCUUGUGGGAGAUUUGUAAGGGACAAUUCGAAGACAAAGUUGCAAAGCUAGAGAAUGAGGUUAAGGAAGCAAGACAAGAAAAAAAUGAGUUUGAAAAUAAGGUGAAGCAAUGCAAUGAUAUGAUUGAGGAAUUAAAAGGAAAGAUGAAUCAAGAUAGAUCCUUAUGGGAUGCUUAUAAGGCAGAUAUGCAAGUAGAAAUUGCAAAGCUACAAGAUACGCUUGAUUCUGCAGUUAAUGAAAGAAAAGUGUUGAAGCAGAGACAUGAGGAAUUGUGCGCCAAAAACAGAAAUGAUAAAAAUGAGCUGAGAAAAUGCAAUGAAGGGUCUAAGAAAUUAAAAGCAAAGAUGGUCGAGGAUCAGAGAUUGUGGGAUUCUAGUAGGGUGAAUUUAGAAGGGAAAAUUGCAGAGCUGCAAAAUGAGAUUGAUGGUACCAAUAAAUUGAAUGCAAAGAUGACUCAAGAUAAGCAGCUGUGGGAUUCUUGUAAGACAACGUUGGAAGACAUGGUUUUAGGGCUACAAAAUGAGCUUAAUGCAACAAGAGUACUAAGCCAAGGAUAUGAAGAACUGUGCAUAAAGCUAGGACAGGAAAAAAAAGAUUUGGAAAACAAAGUGAAAGAGUUUAAUGGUAUUAAUAAGAAAUUACAAAAUAAAAUUAUUGAAGAUGGAGUUUUGUUUGAUGCUUGUAAGGUAGAGUUGAAAGGAAGAGUUGCAGAGCUGCAAGAUGAGCUUGAUAAAACAAGAAAUUUAUGGCGUAAACAUGAAAAUUUGAGCACAGAAUUAAGACAAGAAAAUAUUGAGCUGGCAAAUAAGUUAAAACACUCAUAUGAUGAGACUGAAGAAUUGAAGGAGAAGCUUACUGAAGAUUGUUGUCUGUGGAAUUUGUCUAAGACAGAGUUAGAAGGCACAGUUGCAGAGCUGCAAAAUGAGCUCAAUGAAACAAGACUGAAGCAUGAAGAAUUCUGCAUUCAACUAACAGAUGAAAAGAAACAUUUAGAAGAAAAGUUGAAAGAGUUCGAUAAUGAAACUAAGGAAUUGAAGGGAAAAAUGACUCAAGAUAGGGGCUUGUGGGAUUCAUCUAAGGCAGAGUGGGAACACACAGUUGCAGGGCUACAAAAUGAGCUCAAUGCAACAAGACUGAAGCUUAAAGAAUUUUACAUUGAUAAAAAGCACUUGGAAGAAAAGUUGAAAGCGUUUGAUUGUAACAACAAAGAGUUGCAAAAGGAGCUUGACAAAACAAAUUUUUUGUGCCAGAAUCAUGAAAAAAAGUGCACUGCCCUGAAAGAACAAAAGAGUGGCUUGCGGAAAAAGUUGAAAGAAUGCGAUGAUAGGAUUGGAGAAUUAAAUGCAAAAUUGAACUUGUUGGAUACUUGUAAUGAGAAUUUGGAAGGCAAAGUUGCAGGUCUGCUGUAUGAAAAAAGGAUAACGAGUCAGGAACAUGAUGAACUUUGCAACCAUCUAACAGAUGAAAAAUAUAUGCUGGAACAUAAGUUGAAUGAAUGCAAUGAUAGGAAUAACAAAUUGCAUGCAAAGAUGAAGGAAGAUUUAUGUUUGUGGGAAACUUGCACGGCAGAUUUUUCAAGUACAGUUGCAGGGCUGCAAAAUGAGCUUGACUUGAAGACUAAUAAAGGAAGAAUUUUGAGCCAGAAAUAUGUAGAGUUAUACAGUGAAUGCGCAUUUUUGAAGGCACAAUUGAGAGAUUAUGAUGAAACGCUAAGCUCUGUGGAAAAUGAAAGGUUGGGAUUAACAUCUCUGUCAGAGAGCAAUGCAAAGAAAGCGGAAUGUUUGCAAACAAAGGUGCAAUUGAUCUGUAAUGAAAAGAAAGAAUUGAGCCAGAAACUCGAAGAACUGAUUACAGAAAAUGGAUUUAUGAAGCAGAAAGUGGAGAAUUAUGAUAAAAAACACGAUUCAGUAGAAAGAGAGAAUAGUUCAUUGAAACAAGAAAUGCAUGAGCUUCAAAAUAAGUUGGCUAUGUGGGCUGAUGAAGGAAAACGAAAAGUUUUCAGUUAUGAUGACACACUUGAUUCAACAGAAGAGAAGAGGCAGUUGCUUAGAACUCCAGCAGGAAGCAUUGGAGAAUUGGUGGAAGAUGUGGUUACAGAGACUAGGUCAGUGAAACAAGAAGCCCUUCGACUUAAUCAACAAAACCAAGUGUUACAAAAUGAGAUACUCGAUCAUAAGUCAUUGCUUCAAACACAAGCUGGAAUAGUUGCAGAAAUGAAUGCAGAAAACAGUAAACUCAAGAUUGAGCUGGAGGAGUUGAGAAGAAGUUUGCAGGAGACGGAAGAAAGCAAUGCAAGAGUAAUACAAAAACGUAGGGCUCUAUGGGAAGAUCAAGUGAAGUUUAAAGAAAUUGUAAAGCAAAGAGAAGAUGCAAGGAGGGAUUCCUUUGGAAGCCACAAAGCCUUCCCUGCAAAUUUGAUGUCUCACAUUCUUCUAGAUAGCCGGUCCAGAGAAAGCAAAUGUUUAUCAGCUGACACAAAACAUAUCAUUCUCCCCCCUAAUGCAUUGUUUAGUGGAUGUCCUUAUGGGUGGUGUGGAGGAAUAGUAUAAACAACCACUUAUUGUACCAACUUUGUGAAAAUGUAAUCGUUUUACUUCUCUAGCUCUUGUUGAAUACUCUUGAUGAAUAAGAAAAUAAAGCUAUAAUAUCACAUAGUUGAUUUUUAUUUUC